AAGUGUUCCGGAGAAGUGUGGAUUCCUGGCUCCAGACAUUACAGUAGCAGAGAACAGAGAUUCUGACGCCAUGAAGAAGCGCUUGGGCACAUGGGGGCUGGCCCUCCUCUGCAUGCUGCUUGCCAGCCACCUCUCCGCGGUCAAGGCAAGGGGCAUAAAACACAGGUUCAAGUGGAACCGGAAGGCCCUGCCCAGCAGCAACCAGAUCACCGAAGCCCGUGUAGCUGAGAACCGCCCGGGAGCUUUCAUCAAGCAAGGCCGGAAGCUGGACAUUGACUUCGGAGCAGAGGGCAACAGAUACUACGCGGCCAACUACUGGCAGUUCCCGGAUGGGAUCCACUACGAAGGCUGCUCUGACGCCAAUGUGACCAAGGAGAUGCUGGUGGCCAGCUGCAUCAACGCCACCCAGGCGGCCAACCAGGCUGAGUUCUCCCGGGAGAAGCAGGAUAGCAGGCUCCACCAGCGAGUCCUCUGGCGGCUGAUCAAAGAGAUCUGCUCCACCAAGCACUGCGAAUUCUGGCUGGAACGGGGAGCUGCGCUGAGGGUCACUGUGGACCAACCAGCAAUGGUCUGCUUGUUGGGUUUCAUUUGGUUCAUUGUAAAAUAAAUAAUGAGGCUAGCAGCCACAGAGGUGAGCUGGUGGGCAAAGGUGGACAGCGGUACCCUAAGUUCUCACUCUCUAGCCCCCACGUGUCAUGAAGGCACCAGCGUGUAGCGAUUCACGGCACUUCAAAAGUCCCUCCCAAGUACGCGUCCUCCCUACCAUGUGUUUAAUACGGUGUUUCAGUGCUUUUGCAACUACACUAGGUGAUAGACCAGGGAAAGAACAUAGAAACCAUGCUGUGCACUGCACCUGAUCCUCCAGCUCAUGGAGGUAGCCAGGAAAACUGGGCUUUCCAUUGCUGAAGUCACCCUCCAAUACAGACAGGAAGCAGCAGAGUCGGGUUCUCCUGGUCUGUCUCUCCUCAGGUUUUCUGCUCUGUGUAGCCCAGAGUUAUCUCAUGAUCAGUUUGGGACUCACAGGUCCAAAUCCAGAUUUGUGUGUGGAGUGGAAGCCACACUCUGAAUUAAGUGGGAGUUCCCUGCACAGCAACUAUGCACCUUGACACCUCACAGUAAGACUGAAAUAUUGCAAAGACGUUAAACUAAGUAGACCACUACACUAGACAAAGGUUCAGAAAUCAGACUGCAGGGAAAUUUGCCACUCACCUCCCAGAGAGCAAGUUCGGGGCAGGGUGUGUUUGUGGUGCCUAGAUUCUAGUCCACAAGGAUUGGUGUUUGCUGCUCUGGCCCCUGCAAUGAUCUGCAGAGUUAAUGAACCCCUUGUAAAUGACAUGUUUGUGGCUUUGUUUUUUAUUUCUUUGCUCUGUUUUUCUAGAUGGGAAUCUCUCUACGUAACCCAGGUUGGCCUCAAACUUACAAUCUUCUGGCCUCUGCCUCCUGAAUGCUGGGAUUGCAGCAUGCCACCAAGCCCAGAUGCUUGUUUACUUCUGAUACCCCCUGGUCCUGUGGGUGUGUUCUUAGGUAUCCUGUGAGCAUCUUUAAAUAUGCUCCCUUUGUACAGAGUUCUUUGUAAGCUAUCAGUUUUUGAAACCACUUUGGUAAGGGUUAGUUUCCGUGAAUCAUUUAAUACUCCAAAAAUAUAAUUACUGGUCAAAAAGCUUAAGAGAAUGGUAUUUUUCAAGAGACUCAAUAAAGAAUUUGUCAUCACGGGAACUGAUAUACUGUUCUACCACUCUGAACGUAAAUAUAUAUUAAAAUAUUACUGUUA